UUCGCGUACCCCGGGAGCUCCGAGCGCGCGGGCUCCGCCUCGUCGUCGUCAUCCUCGGCUGUGGUCUCAGCGCGCCCGGAGGCUCCCUCUGCCAAAGAGUGCCCUGCGCCCGGGGCGGCCGCUGCAGCGCCCCCGGGCGCCCCGGCUCUGGGCUACGGCUACCACUUCGGCAACGGCUACUACAGCUGCCGCAUGUCGCACGGGAUGGGCUUACAGCAGAACGCUCUCAAGUCGUCGCCGCACUCCUCGCUGGGCGGAUUCCCGGUGGAGAAGUACAUGGACGUGUCGGGCCUGGCGAGCAGCAGCGUACCGGCCAACGAGGUGCCGGCGCGAGCCAAGGAGGUGUCCUUCUACCAGGGCUACACGAGCCCCUACCAGCACGUGCCUGGCUACAUCGACAUGGUGUCCACCUUCGGCUCCGGGGAGCCCCGGCACGAGGCGUACAUCUCUAUGGAGGGCUACCAGUCCUGGACGCUGGCCAACGGGUGGAACAGCCAGGUGUACUGCGCCAAGGACCAGCCGCAGGGCUCCCACUUUUGGAAAUCUUCCUUUCCAGGGGAUGUGGCUCUAAAUCAGCCAGACAUGUGUGUCUACCGACGUGGGAGGAAGAAGAGGGUGCCCUACACCAAACUGCAGCUCAAAGAACUGGAGAACGAAUAUGCCAUUAACAAGUUCAUUAACAAGGACAAGCGGCGGCGGAUCUCGGCUGCCACGAACCUAUCCGAAAGACAAGUGACCAUUUGGUUUCAGAACCGGAGAGUGAAAGACAAGAAAAUCGUCUCCAAGCUCAAAGAUACUGUUUCCUGAUGUGGGCCAGAUUGGCCACAGAGCGUUUAAAUGCUUUCCGUUGUCUCCAAAGACCUUUGGAAAGACUUGAAUAUGUAUUUAAUUCCCCCCAUCCCCUGCCAGUAAUGGCACAUUUUGUGAAUUGUUUUUCUCUCUUCCCCUUAUCUGGCUCUAAAACUUUUUGCUACCCAACCUGACUUUGUAGUUCUGUUUCUUACUUGUUUAUUAUUGAUUUUGUUCUUUUCUAGGUUUAUUUUUUUAUGACGUUUUUAAUGUUCUGUUUCUCCCUCCAGGCCAGUAUAAAGGACUUGAAGUAUUUUUUAAUACCCCCACACACAAUGAAUUUCAGAAGUGCCAUUCUGACGUUAGGGUUGUUGUUGUUUUUUUAAUCACUUUAUAUGCCUGUUUCCAGCACUGAUUAUCUUCAUAAUCCAUUAGGGCAAAAAGUUUGCAGUCAUUCAUAUCCUGUGAUUGGGUAAUUGAAUCAUUACCUCUCAGCAGUUGCCCUGAGGCGAGUGAAAACAGCUCUGGGCGGCAGCGCUCAAGGGUCACUGGGAACGUCUAAAAACAGGAGGCUGGAGGUACUGUGAUGGCUUUAAAAGCAGCUACCUUAUUAAAUAGGGUUUGUAUUGAUAUUGGAAUGAAGACAAUCUUUCCAACUUCGGGUCUUUCACUUGCUGUUGUAGUUGUAUGUGUUUAAUACACCUUGUAGACUUGUGGUUUUAUAAUCUUUAAUUUGAAAAUAAUGUGUCCUCAUGGAUUCCUUCAUUACCCCAGCUCUGGAUGCAAAUAUUUAAAUGGCUGUAAUUGUCAGAGGUAUCCGUGGAUGGUAUAAAUGCACCCCCUCUCCUUGGCCUCCAGUCUAGGGGACUAGAAUUGAGGCCAUCUCCUCCAUCCCCGGAAAAGGGCUGAAUCAAUGUGGCCAUGGGUGGGAACUUUUAUUCAGAACCCGAUGAAGAACUUGACUGUCUGAACAAACAUAUUGGGCCUCUCUCAGAGCUAUAAAACAUCUAACAAAUGCAAAAAUUGUGAAGCUCUAAGGUCCAAGAAGAAAAAAAAAAUGUUUCUGAAAGUGAUAACUACUUUUAAAGUGCUACAUAUUUAUAUGACAGAGAUUAUUUUUGUAGAUGAAAUGCCUGUGAGCUGGGAUACAUGAGCAGUGCUUCAGGCAUUUAAAAAUCACUUUUUACUCCUAGGGAGAUGCAAAUAAACAGAGCUCUCUUAUUUCCUCUGA